UAAAUAGAAGGGAUUCUGGUGUACUGGUAUAUACUAUAAAUACCGUAUUCCGAAACCGAAUAUUCAUUACAUUCAUUUCGCUUUUUGUAUAUACACAAGAAACUUCAUUUUUAUUUUACAAAUACUUUGAUAAUUGUACGAAGAGAACUGCAAAAUGGCCAUAAAGGUAAGAGUUUUUGAAUCUGUAAAAUAUAUCGCAAUUUUUAUACGAUAAACAACAUCUNAUAGUAUAUUAAAUUGUACUCAAAUUUAUUGACUGAUUUAUUUAUUAAUUUGUGUACGAUAUUUCGAUUAUAAGUUCCCAAUCAUAGUUCAACCAAAAUACUGGAGCAGAGAUUAUUCACCAAAUAUUUGUACAUAGUUAUUUUGACCCGAUUUAUAAAAAAAAAUUGUCCAAAGUAGUUUUUUUAGCAAUUACAUAGUCGGAUACACGAAGUUCUUCACUGUUACCUUCGUCUUUUGCUAUCACGCGAGUAGGAUCACAGCUAUUCACUAUUUUGGUACCUCCAAUUCAUUGCUCUGUCUAUCACAUUGGUUCUCGUCAACACCAUCCUUUCUUACUUCAUCAUUUUAAUCAGAAACAAUAUUUUUUUUCAUAUUCAUCUCUUCCACCAGGUUCGCAUCAUUAUAAAAUUUUCAUAUAUUUUUUAAUUUUUUAGAUUAUCGUUUUAUCUGCGCUGUGCUGUCACUUAGUGUUCGCCUAUCCGCCACAGCACCUGAGCAGUCACUACGAUCACCACGUCGACGCUUACGAGCACCACGCGCCCACCCCGUACAAAUUCAAAUACGGCGUACACGAUCCGCACACUCAUGACAUCAAGAGCCAACAUGAGGAAAGCGACGAACACGGAAACGUCAAAGGUUCCUACAGUCUGGUGGAACCCGACGGUUCUACCCGAGUAGUCGAGUACACGGCCGACCACGAACACGGAUUCGUAGCCAAAGUGAAGAAAAUCGAAUCAGCCUAUCAUCACCACGACGAACACGAGUACCAUCACGAACCCGUGGUCCAUUCGUCUUACACUCCGUACUCUCACCAUAAACUAUACUGAUCCUGUUUCAAAUGUUUUAUCAUGUGCUCAGAUUACCAAAACAAAAAUACAAAAAUAUCUUUGAAAUAUCUUUUCGUUAAAAAUUAUUUAUAAUUUAAUACCCUUACCUACC